AUGGCCCCGCGCCCGCCCGCCGGCCGCCGCCGCGCCGCGCCGCGCCUGCUGGCAGCGCUCCUGGGUUUGCACGUCUUCGCCAUCGCCUUCGCCUUGGAGGUGUCAGUGGGGAAGACCAACACUGUGAUGGCUCUGAAUAACUCCAAUGUCCUGCUGCCCUGCACCUUCACCACCUGCAUCGGCUUUCAGGACCUGGUCUUCACAUGGUAUUUCAACUCGACAGAGAUGAUUUACCAUGGCAAGAUAAAGAGCAAAGCCUCGGAGCCCUUCCUCGUGGGACGCAACCCACGGGUCGAGUUUGUCGGCUCGACGACCGGGAAGGACAACAACAUCUCCAUCGUCCUGAAGAAUGUGGAGUUCAGCGAUGCUGGGAAAUACACCUGCCACGUCAGGAACCCCAAGGAGAAGAACGCACAGCACAACGCCACCAUCUUCCUCACGGUGGUCCAGAAGAUGGUGGAGACGGACAACACUUUGACGCUCAUCAUCGUGGGCGUUGUGGGGGGGCUUAUCGGCCUCCUCAUCCUCUUCAUGCUCAUCAAGAGGGUUGUCCUGUUCAUCAUCAAGAAGACCCAGGAUGGGAAGAAGGAGUGUCUCGUGAGCUCGUCAGGGAACGACAACACCGAGAACGGCCUGGCCGGCUCCAAGGCAGAGCAAAAAGCACCACCAAAGGCAUGA